AUGCGCGAGCCUAAAACAAGCUGGAUGUUGCAGCUGGAUGCCCUGGAGAAGGAGCUGAGAGCCCGGGAGCAGUACUGGCACCGCCGGGAGCUAGAAGAGGUGCGUCUAGCGGAACAUCUGGGGCACCUGAGCCACGAGCUCCUCUCCGUUCCGGGCGAAGAUGCCCAGCGACAGCUGAGGGCUGCCGAGGAGGCCUGUGCUGCGCUGGAGUCCUGCCACCUGCAGGAGACUCAGAGGAGAGCCAGAGCCCUGAGCGUGCAGAGUGGCCCAGAGCGGGGCCUGCUCUCUCGAGCAGACAGAGAGGAGGGGGAGCAGGAGGCACAGGUGGCGCUAGGCAUGCAGAGAGUCCUGCAGAGUUUAGGACACGCAGCAGAGAAGCUGGGGCAAGCGGCGGGCCGGCUGCGGGGCCAGGAGGAGGAGACGUGGCUACAGCAGAGUAGGGGUCAGAGCCCCCAGAUCUGGAACCGUCUCAGGAAGGUGGUUCAGCAUCUCUCUGAUGAGUUUCAGGAGGUGCUAAGGGAGAGACAGAACUUUCUCGAUCGAGCCCUCGGUCACUUACAGUACCAACGGGAGCUUAGCCGCCUCCACCUCUUGCACACCCAGGUACGGACUCUGGACUCGGCCAAGGAGAUCUGCAUGUCCAAUUUGUUGGGGCUUCAGCGAGAAGCUCCCAAAGCAGCCACAUGGGACGGGUGGGAACCAUGCAUGGAACCAGGUGCUGACUAUUUUGUCCUAGAUUGUUGCCUCAGGAGCCCCUGCUUGUUUGGAGAAUUACCCUGGAGACAGAUUCUAUGGAACAGUCACGGCUUCUCUAAGGGACCAGGCUGCUGCCUGCCCACUCUUGAUCCCCUUCCUGAAGAGCCUCACUGCAGCGCUAGUGGGAGCUCAAGGUUAUGGUCCAGGACCAGAGGAUCAGGGGCCAGGAACAGAUACAGAUAAAGUUGACAUCGCGUGGACCUCACCAGUCUUUUCUACCCUGAAGAAAGUAGACAUCUGGUCCCAAGCCCGCAAGGAGGAAGCUGAACUGCAAGCACAACUGCAUCACCAACAAGCCUCAGAAAACUGUUUGCAGGAUGUCCCGAAACCUCAGAUAAUGCUGAAGGAAGAGCUUAUCGCUGUGCAAGCCACAGACCUUUCUGCCAGGGAGUUUGUGGUUUACCAGUAUGGCCUCUCCAUCCUGGACCUCCUCACCCCCCAGCUUCAGGUAAAUCUGGUUUCCUGCCUGUCUAUGGAGCAAUCAUCAUGCAGCCAAGAAGGUCAAGGUGACCACGAAGGAGGCUUUCAGGUGGUAGAUAUACCUUAGGAUUAAGCAGCUGGAAUAGAGUACUUAGUAAUCUCUCUUUUAAGGGGACUGAUAGAAGUCAUUUUACCAAUCUACAGUCUAAUGUCUCAAAUGAUGGUGAGGAGAAUCAAUUAAGUACUUUGUACAUGCCGGAAAAUGUUCUAAUAACUUGCAUGAAAUAACUCAUUUAAUCACAAAAACCCUAUGCCAUGCUAUUAUUUUUUUCUCAUGUUUUUGUUCAAGUAUAAUUAACAUACAGUGUUAUAUUAGUUUCAGG